GACUAGGGUUUGGUCAUCGAGCAACCGGAGCUUCGAUGGUCGCUCGCUUGUGUCGCUUGCUCCGAGGCGGAUGUGCCAUGAAUUGAGUGCAUGUUGUGAUUUUGUAAGCUUCCCCGCGCAUCGUGCUUGCGUUGGGGAUGAUUUUGAGCUGCUGGAAGCUCAAGAUGGACGUGUCCCGGACUUUCAGCGUGCUGAUUUUGCUCUUGCUGGGGAUAUUGUCAACAGGGGAUGAUUUCGCACUUGCGUAUCAAACGGGUGAUCCAGUCCCCGUCGCUCGAAGAGGCCAAUUCCACGGCCAAACUACAUCGUGGAUGGACCAGCUUGGCCGGCAUUGCCCUCAUUUUGGUGUUGAUACAGAGGUUGUCAUGCCUCUUCCGAAGCCUGUAGGUUUUACUGAGUCCGAGAACUACAAAAUAUCCUUUCAAUUUGGUAGAGAGAAAUAUCUUACGCCUUGGCUGUUGAUGAUUGGACGCAAACAAGUUCCUAUGCUUGAAGUUACUCUGAGACACUCAGGGGGAGACUUAGAAGGAGUGACUACAAAAGUUGUACCCAUGCCGGAGAAGUAUUUGACAGAACAUGCGUCUAUCCGGCAGAAGUUUGAAGAUCCUGCGGAUUGGCCCAAGCAUAUCCUUGUGCAAUAUACAUGGGUGGAGAAGUCAGAGAUUGAUGUUGUCGGGGGUCUCUUUGUUCUCUUCUUAUCUGGAAAUAUAUUAUUCGUAAUUACUGCGCUCUACAUCCUCCAAACAUCGAAGGACAAGUUAGCCAGAUUUUUGAAGGAGAAUGUGGUGGAGACGAGCAUGACUGGAGGAGAUGUUCCUAAAGCGGACUAAAGCAAUUAUCUGGUGUUCUGACUUAAAGUUGUGCCUCCGCUGUUCUGCUAUGGCGAUUUGCAAGAGUGCUGUUGAGCUGUGCUUGUGUCGAGACAAGCCAGCUCACUGAAACCUGAGGUAUGUCAUACUACAAUUUAGAAGACGGCGUGCCAUCAUUCAAGCCACCGAUUGUACGUGACCAUCGUCCAAGUUCGGAUGUAGGAAGUAGGUCUCCUCUUGCAUUUCUAAAAUGCUUUUUAUCUUCUGAAUCAGCUUACGUACUCUUUGUUCCUCUUAUUUUUAACGUCUGAUGCUUUCAUUGAGGUUUCUUGGAGGACCACCCAUGAUUACCUGUCUGAACUGGCUUCUGGUGAUCUUUCUGUACAUGCCGCCUUUCAGGACAUUGUUCUGCCUUAAAAAGAAAACACUGGGUUUCUACUGUUCAAAUACUUGAGAUAUUA